AUGAAAAUACCUGUGCUUAUUCCUCGGGAUGAAACUUCUUAUUUAGUUGAAUAUGUUAAUAAAAUAAUUAAAGAUAAGAAAAAAUUUUUAGAAAUAGGCUGUGGAACUGGAGCGAUCUCAUUAUCUUUAUUAAAAUUAUAAUUAAUACAUGUUGACUUUGAAAAUUAUGUAACUUCUUGUAACUAAAAGUUUGAUUUUAUUGUAAGCAAUCCUCCUUAUAUACCUUCAAGAAAAAUAAAAGAUUUAGACUUUUCAGUUAUUAAAUAUGAAGACAUUGUAGCUUUAGAUGGAGGGAUAUAAGGCUUAGAUUUAAUCGAAAAAAUUAUUUAAUAAGGAAUAAAUAUAUUAAAUUAAAAUGGUUUUAUUGCAUUAGAAACUGAUUAAGGAUAAAAAGAAUUAAUUCAAUAAAUGUUUGUUCAAAAUAAUUGGGGUUAAAUUUAUAAAGAACCUGUUUUUUAUAAAGACUAAUAUGAUGUUGAAAGAUUUUGUUUUAUCCACAAAAAAUGA